AUGGUGGAUCCGGUGGGUCGUUCUGGUGGUAUAGUUAUAUGGUGGAUGGAUGCAGUGAAUUUGCAGGCGAUUAAACAUAAUCGGUUUUCUAUUACUGCUGUUGUCUCUCGGGAUACCCAGCAACCUUGGACAUUAUCGAUAGUUUACACGAGUACGGUGGAUAGUACCCGAGCCAUGCAAUGGAAAUAUUUGGAACACCGCUCUCAAUUCUGGCCUGGUUGGUGGGUGUUGGUGGGUGAUUUUAAUGAUAUUCUUUAUGCCUCGAAGAAAAGUGGUGGAGUGAGUAAACAGGGCUGGAGGCUGCGAAAUUUCAAUUCCUUGAUGGCACGGUGUAAUUCAUUGGAUAUUGGGUUUAAAGGGUAUCCGUUUACUUGGAAUAAUCACAGAGAUGGGCCGGCUAAUAUUCAAGAAAUGUUAGAUAGGGCACUUGCUACACAAGAAUGGUGUUCUGCCUUUCCUCAUGCUAAAUUAUCCAAUCUUCCCGUUGCGGGUUCCGACCAUCACGCUUUGCUUCUUGAGCUUCAUCCAUUAUUUUCUCUGACAAAGAGACAAUUCCACUUUGAUGCGCGUUGGAAUUUGGAUAAUAAAUAUGCAAAAAUUAUUGCUAAUAAUUGGUAG